AUGUCAAUUCCCGAAAGACAGACUGCUUACGGAUGGAUCAAGGGGAAGGAAGGUAUCCAAAGAUGGAUGGAUUACCCAGUGCCCGUGCCUGGCGCCAAUCAGGCCCUUCUCAAAGUCGAGGCCGCUGGCUUGUGUCAAUCGGAUUGCCACUUACUCCAGGUUGGGCCCAUGGAGCGGCUUGGGGUUGAAUCUCCAACCAAAUAUGUAUUGGGACACGAAAUUGCAGGUACAAUUGCUGCGUUGGGCCUGGGCUUGGAGAACCACCCCACGGUGAAAUUGGGAGCUCGUUUCGCUUUGCAAAUUGGAGCUGCUUGUGGAUCAUGCGAUAACUGUCGUCAGGGAUUCGACAACGCAUGUACUCUGGGGUGUGAAGCUUAUGGACUCAACACCGAUGGUGGUUUUGAAGAAUACUUGUUGAUUAAAAACUUGCGGACUUUACUCCCCAUCCCUGAAGACGUGAGUUUUGCAACUGCCGCUGUGGCAUCCGACUCGACGUUGACACCAUUCCAUGCUAUUCAAAAAGUUAAGUCCGACUUGCGUCCCACAUCUAAGGUGCUUCUUGUGGGCUUGGGUGGAUUAGGGUUGAACGCUCUUCAAAUUUUGAAAGUGUACCAUCCCUACAUUGUCGCCACUGACGUCAAAGAGAGUUUACGUUCUAUUGCUCUUGAAUACGGCGCAGAUGAAUACUACCACGACAUGUCCAAAUGCCCUCACUCUCGUGAGCUGUUUGACAUAGUGUUUGACUUUGUUGGUAACCAGAUCACACUGGACAUCUGUCAGAAAUACGUCAAGCAUUUGGGUAAGUACAUGACUGUCGGAUUGGGCCGGUCCAAAUUGAUGCUUCAAAACUAUAACUUGGCCCGGCGUGAGGUUCAGGUGAUUUAUUCAUUUGGGGGCACAUCCUACGAACAAAUCGAGGUUAUGAGAUGGAUCUCAAAGGGCUUAAUUAAGCCGAUACACACCGCGGUGCCGUUUGCUGAGCUUCCCGAAUACUUGGAUAAAUUACAUCACGGUAAAGUUGAGGGGAGAGUUACAUUCAAGCCGUGCAAGCUUUAG